GAGAACUGGUCUCCAAAGGGUCACGAUCACAUGCUGUCAUCCCUUCCUCGUUUUCUCUUGAAUGGGACAACGUCAGAGCGCCGGUGUGAAACUGAGCCGCCGGAGCGCACGGUCUCUGGCCGCAGACGCGCACGGAGAAGCUGCGGGAGCACGCAGAAGGAGCGGUGAUGGCUGAGUGACAUUUGAAUCCUGUUGUGUGUUUGUGUAUUAUUUAUUGGUGGACAGCGGUCAGCGAUGUGGAGCCCAUCGAGGAUAUAAUCGGACUGUUCUUUGGUUUGUUUUUUGGUCGGACAUGGAGACUGGAAUUCCCUUUGGAUGGACUUUGCGCUGUGAAGUUGUUAUGGAGGCGAUGGGACGUUUAUUUUGAAAUUUCAAAAACAGGCUUCAGCUGACCGCAUCUCUGUGAGUAAGAGGAUUGCUGCUGGUGACUUUAGUAAGCAGACAGAGGAUUCCUAAAAUUAAAGCUGUUUGGGACCUAAAAACAGGGCAGACAGAAGAGCUCUAUUCAUUACACUGAGGAAUUAAGUUACCAUUACCUCUUCAGUACAGCGGCUCAAAUGAUGUCAAAUCUAAUUUACAAAGUCGUGGGGCAAAUGUCCAGCCCAGAGAGGGUUUGUCUUGUACAUGUAAUCUUUCACCAUUUAUCAGAAGAUACACAGAUGGAGGUUUUUUCAUCUGGCUGCAGCACAGGAACCUCCUCUAUUCUAAUCCAGCAGAUAUAAUGUAGCACAACUCUUCAGUAUGACUUAAAUGAACACGCUCCAACUCACACAUGUUCAGGAAUGGAUCUCAAGAACUUUACGACUGUCAUCGACAGUGGGUUUUUGGAUGAGGCACCAUCGAGCCGCGUCCUGACCGGCUGUUUCCUCUCGCUGCUCAUCCUCACCACCCUGCUGGGGAACACAUUAGUUUGUGCGGCUGUCACCAAAUUUCGACAUCUUCGCUCUAAAGUGACCAACUUUUUUGUGAUCUCCCUGGCUGUGUCAGACCUCUUGGUUGCCAUCUUGGUGAUGCCGUGGAAGGCGGUGACAGAGAUCGCUGGGUUCUGGCCAUUCGGCUCAUUUUGUGACACCUGGGUGGCUUUUGACAUUAUGUGCUCCACAGCGUCCAUUUUGAACCUCUGUGUGAUAAGCCUGGACCGGUACUGGGCCAUCUCCAGCCCCUUUCGCUACGAGAGGAAGAUGACACCCAGAGUGGCCUACGUGAUGAUCAGUGUAGCCUGGACACUGUCUGUCCUCAUUUCCUUCAUUCCGGUGCAGCUCAACUGGCACAAGGCCCAAACUAAAUCUUACACCCCUCCCACUGGCUCUUCAAGUUUAAACACAACAUCCUACCACAGCCCAGAGAACUGUGACUCGAGCCUGAACAGAACCUACGCCAUCUCAACAUCUCUGAUAAGCUUUUACAUCCCUGUUGCUAUCAUGGUGGCCACCUACACCCAGAUCUACCGCAUUGCCCACAGACAGAUCAGAAGGAUCUCUGCCCUGGAGCGAGCGGCCGAAAAUGCCAAAAACAGGCACGACAGCAUGGGCGGAGGGUCCAGCAUCGCAGAGUCCGAGAGCUCUUUCAAAAUGACGUUCAAGAGGGAGACCAAGGUGCUGAAGACACUGUCAGUCAUCAUGGGGGUGUUUGUGUGCUGUUGGCUCCCGUUCUUCAUCCUCAACUGCAUGGUGCCCUUCUGCGAGCAGCCAAGCGGAGGGGAGGCUUUCCCCUGCAUCAACCCUACCACAUUUGACGUGUUCGUGUGGUUCGGCUGGGCUAAUUCAUCCCUCAACCCCAUCAUCUAUGCCUUCAAUGCAGAUUUCCGCAAGGCCUUCUCCAUCUUGCUGGGCUGCCACAGACUGUAUCCAGGAGGCCACAACAUAGAGACGGUCAGUCUAAACAAGAAAUGACUCAUGACUCUCUCACAGCACUGACUCAUCCUUAAUGCUAAGAGUCCAAGUGUUCCUGUUGAGGCCAGUCUGAUCGACUUCAAACAAGGACGCUGCUCUCUAUGCUAACUCUUGAAAGAUUGAAAGAUAUGCUGACCCUAAAUGUACCCAUGUUUGCGUUAGGCGAGUGGUUCGCCUGUGUGCAGACUGUCAGAGUGAGCUUGCCGUGUUCACCAUGGCUGCUACACCGUCUUCAGACGGAAGAAGCUCCUGAAAGAGGAGAGGGGAUUUUGGGGGAUUGAGAUUAAGACUCUCCACUGUUGUGCCAGGAAGCUGGGAGUGCAGCGGUGCUGACACGCCUCUGGGAUAGAUAAUCCCAUGACUGGGCAGCACAGUCCCUAAUGCUGUCAGACACUGCUCUCUUCAAUACCAUCACACACACAUACACAAACACAAACACUGUCAAAAUAUGCCCCUCUAAAUACAAUGUAGUUGCAGCACUCAGCAUGCACACUACGACAAAUUACACGACAGCACACAGGAAUACUGUUACUCAUUACGUUAAUGUCCUGGGCUCUGCAAGGAUUCCUGCGGUCAAGUGUCAAACCAAAUCACGUUUCUAUACAGAUGAACAUGUAGGUAAAGUCCAUUCACAAGCUGUGUAAUAUUAAACACUAAUGAAAAAGGUGAUCUGAAUUCUUGUUGAUCUGCGGGCUGUCUCAUUGCUGUUUCAGAAUUGUUAUUUAUAUCUCAUUGAAAUCUCAAAUCAUUCUAACUUAAAAACAAAUGUACUCAACAGACACCUCAUAAAUUAUUUGUGCUUGACAGUGUUUUAUGGAUGAGUGUCUCAUAUUACUUUGUGUGUCCUGUAUUUUUCAUUAACAACAGCUGAUGACCUCUUUUACAGAAAUGGCAAAGACGUAAACAAAAGCUUUGCUUGUCUUGCGGUGUCUUUGAUGGUUCUGCUUGUUUUGGGGCUGAAACAGGAUUGUAACUGACUGAAUUAUGUUUGAGUACAUCUGUUAUAAUUUGCUGUGCUCUUUAAAGUGAAUUAUUAAAGGAUAAUGUUGGUUUAUGACAACUUGGGUCUUAUUUUUAGAGAUUUGUCUAUCAUUCCUGUUGGUUAUAAUAACAUUGUACUCCUGAAAAAGUAAUAAUCGCUGAGGAAAUCUGACAUCACCGCAAUGAAAUCAGACAGGGCAAGAAACAGUCAGACAAUGAGGCAAGUUGUGAACGAGCCCACAGUUUAGCCAUUUCAUUUAGGCCACUUAAUUUGAAGGCAAAACUGAAACGUAAAAUGUCACUAAUGAUCCUAGCAAUCCUAGCACAAGAGAGAAAGAAGGCAACAGGACAUGCAAUGAACUGGAUUGACAGUGCAUUUUAUGUUGCACUUACAAUUAAUUUUUACUUUAAACAAAUAAUUAACAUCAAACAACAAACAAUCAAUUUUUUCCCCAUAUUUGGAUGGUAGUUCCAAUUUCAAACAAAAAGUGACAGCCCUAGUGCACACAACUAAGGUGAGUCAGUACAUCAGAGUUGAACGAGGUGGUCAGUCUGUAAACUGUGAUGUGUAUUUACAAUGGAUAGUUAUUUGUGCAAUCAUGUUUAGCUUUGGCCUUUGUUUUUGUUGGAAACCUGUGAUCUGAUUAUCUGAUUGAAUGUACUUCUGUGUCUUUUCAGAUGUAUUUGUAGAGAUGUCACUGUGCUCCUAAAUCUCAGACAGAAAAGAAACAGUUAUAAUAUUUUUUUAAAAAUACGCCUAUUCUACACACUGACUUCUUGGAGUGCCUGGCAACCUCACUCUGACAAGACAUUAGAAAAUCACUACACCUGGUCAAGAAAUAGUCCCACACAUAACUCAAUAACACACAUUUUUCCAUUUCAGAUUAACCAAUUGAGAUUUAAUGUGUGAGCUCUAGCAGUUCUGGUACACUCUUCAAAACCGUUGGACAGAGUCAGGCUGGCUGUUUCCCCCUGCUUCCAAUCUUAAUGUUAAAGCUAAGAUAACCGUCUCCUUGAAAGUGGUAUCAAUCUACUAAUUGUAACUCGGCAAGAUCAUCAAAUAUCGGCCAAAACAUAAAAAUAAGACCUAAGAAUUAUCCUAUAGAAAGAAGCAUUGCAUGGUGGAAUAUAAAGAACAGGAUGUAAUUACCAUUACCAUCAACAGUUACCUCUGAUUUGAUGUACUGUAUUUAUUUUUUCAAGUGCUAACUUAUUUUAUCAGUGAGCGUUUAUGACACAGAACAAAAGCUGUAGGUGUGUGUACUUGGCUAUAAAAAUGCAGUUGUUAUGGAGGUGUGACCAUUGCAUACAUAUGAUUAUGAUAUAUUCAUGACAGUUUAAACCAUCAGAAGAAACAGUGCAGCGUCUGCUUCAGCCAUGUGGAAAUAUCGGAGUGCACAGCUUAAUAAAAGUAUAUUUGUCCAUUUUUAUGAAAUCCACUGUCUGGUGUAUGUGUGCCUGGCUAUGCAGCUUUG